AUGGAGAAGGGAGAUUCUGUGGCCUCCUUGCGUUGCCGACUGCUUCUGUUGUUGCUACUAUUGACGCUGCCUCCCACCCACCAGGGACGGACCCUGAGACACAUUGACCCUAUCCAGAGUGCUCAGGACUCUCCUGCUAAAUACCUCAGCAAUGGCCCAGGACAAGAGCGCACUGUUCUGACCAUUGACCUCACCAAAAUCAGCAAACCCUCUUCCUCCUUUGAGUUUCGAACCUGGGAUCCAGAGGGAGUGAUUUUUUAUGGGGACACCAACACUGAAGAUGACUGGUUCAUGCUGGGACUGCGGGAUGGCCAGCUUGAAAUCCAGCUGCACAAUCUCUGGGCUCGGCUUACAGUAGGCUUUGGCCCUCGGCUGAAUGAUGGGAGAUGGCACCCGGUGGAGCUAAAGAUGAAUGGGGAUUCACUGCUGCUAUGGGUGGAUGGAAAAGAGAUGCUAUGCCUGAGACAAGUUUCUGCAUCCCUGACUGACCAUCCCCAGCUCAGCAUGAGGAUUGCACUAGGGGGGCUCCUCCUCCCCACUUCCAAACUUCGGUUUCCGCUCGUUCCUGCCCUGGAUGGCUGUAUACGCCGAGAUAUCUGGCUGGGCCACCAGGCCCAGCUCUCAACCUCUGCCCGAACUAGCCUUGGGAACUGUGAUGUGGACCUGCAACCUGGACUGUUCUUCCCUCCAGGGACCCAUGCAGAAUUCAGUCUCCAAGACAUUCCCCAGCCUCACGCAGACCCCUGGACCUUUUCUCUGGAGCUGGGAUUUAAGCUGGUGGAUGGAGCAGGACAACUCCUUGCUCUUGGGACAAGGACAAAUUCUUCUUGGCUCACCCUUCACCUCCAAGACCAAACGGUGGUUCUGUCUUCUGAAGCAGAACCUAAACUAGCUUUACCCUUGGCGGUGGGACUCCCUCUUCAACUGAAGCUGGAUGUAUUCAAAGUAGCCUUGAGCCAAGGACCAAAGAUGGAGGUCCUUUCUACAUCUCUUUUAAGACUUGCCUCCCUCUGGAGACUCUGGUCCCACCCUCAGGGCCAUCUCUCCCUUGGGGCUUUACCAGGAGAGGACUCUUCUGCUUCCUUUUGCCUGAGUGACCUUUGGGUACAAGGACAGAGACUGGACAUAGACAAGGCCCUGAGCAGAAGCCAGGACAUCUGGACUCACAGCUGCCCUCAGAGCCCUAGCAAUGAUACCCACAUCUCCCACUAAACCCCUUUGAGAAGUAGGCAUGGCUAUGCACAUCCUUAAAUCCAGGAGAGGUGAAUUGGGACCUCAAGGUUAUCCUUGGCUAUAUAACAUGUUUGAGGCCAGCCUGGGCUACCUGAAACCCUGCCUUCAAAAAUAAAAAAGAACUUUGGAUGCAA